AAGCGUGCGCAACACGCAAAAAAACCCAAAGUGUCCCCUAAGCGCAUGGCCACACUCGCCCGAGCUUUUGCCCCCACUAGUGAAACUCAUGGAUUUCAGUAUGUAUACAUCCUCAGCAAAUUCCGUAUGAAGACCAAGGCCCUUAGACAGACCUUACGUAUGCUUGGUUUUAACAAUUCUCGAAUCCUUGAUAUCCACUAUCCAGACUGUCAGGUCGUUGCUCUGUUGAUUCACAACGACUACCACGAUACGCUGCUUGCUUCCUUUGCCCAUCACAACAUCACCCCAAUCAAAGACUUCAAUCCCCGUGAUCAAUCGCGUCUGCGUGAUCCCAAGUUCAAUACUUUAUCCUUGGAAGACCGUCAGCGUGAAGCCGAUCAGAUCCACCGCCAACGGCUUGAACGCGCUCUCAAGUUCAUUCGUGAACCUGUGAAAUUUGCUGUCGCCCGCUCCUUCCACAGCCAAAAGUGGAUU